UAUCGGCCAUCGAUAGUGUGUGCGAACUUGAAUUGUUUUUAAUUCGGCCUCGCAGCAUUUUAGUCAUUUUCGUGCUAUUUAUGAGGCUCUCAAACGAUGCUGCCCAAUGCGAAUGACAAAACGGAACGCUAUGCCAAGCUAUCCUUCCUCGGCGAGGGUCAGUUUGCCACCGUUUACAAGGCGCGCGACUCGGUGACCAACCAAAUUGUGGCCGUGAAGAAGAUCAAGAAGGGAUCGCGCGAGGAUGCACGCGACGGGAUCAACAGGACGGCGCUGCGUGAGAUCAAGAUACUGCAGGAGCUGCAGCACGAGAAUGUCAUUGGUUUGGUGGACGUUUUCGGUCAACUUUCGAAUGUCUCGCUGGUUUUCGACUUCAUGGACACGGAUCUGGAGGUGAUCAUCAAGGAUAACAAGAUUAUACUAACGCAGGCGAACAUCAAGGCCUAUGCCAUCAUGACGCUGAAGGGUCUGGAGUAUCUGCAUCUCAAUUGGAUACUGCACCGCGAUUUGAAGCCCAACAAUUUGCUGGUCAACAGCGAUGGCAUCCUGAAGAUUGGCGAUUUCGGCUUGGCCAAGUCCUUCGGCUCGCCCAAUCGCAUUUACACGCACCACGUGGUCACACGCUGGUAUCGUUCGCCCGAAUUGCUCUUCGGCGCCCGGCAAUAUGGCACCGGUGUGGAUAUGUGGGCAGUUGGCUGCAUUUUGGCGGAACUUAUGCUGCGGGUGCCGUUCAUGCCGGGCGACUCGGAUCUGGAUCAGCUGACUCGGAUCUUUUCCACACUGGGCACACCCACGGAUGCCGACUGGCCGCAUUUGAGCAAACUGCACGACUAUCUGCAGUUCCGCAACUUUCCGGGCACACCACUGGACAAUAUCUUCACCGCCGCGGGCAAUGACUUGAUCCACCUGAUGCAGCGCCUGUUUGCCAUGAAUCCGCUGCGGCGCGUGUCCUGCCGCGAGGCACUGAGCAUGCCGUAUUUCGCUAACAAACCGGCACCCACAGUGGGUCCCAAGUUGCCCAUGCCGUCGGCCAUUCUGGCCGCCAAGGAGGGCGCCAAUCCGCAGGCCGGCGAAGCGAAGCCCGCGCUCAAGCGCAAGCUGGUCGAGACUACGGUGAGGGGCAAUGGAUUGGCGCAGAAGAAGCGGCUGCAGUUCUAGCACACACACACACUUUCCAUUAUAACUUUGAUGUUUGUGAUCGCGUUACGUUGUUCACCGCAGACAUGAAGGCUUAAGGAUGCAUUGCAUCCUUGACACGUUUCCUCAUAUACCUUAAAUACUUAUAACUUACCAUUGAGUUAGCUUACUUCUUCAGUCGUCUGCGCAACUGCAAAAGCUCCAAUCCAUUCUAAUUGAUAUGAAUUUGUCUCGCUUGGCAAACCUUUUCGCCACCACCCAACAUGAGUAGUUAGGACUAUGCUUAAGAUGAUUGAGGAUGCUCUAUUAAAGAUGUGAUUCAAAGCGAG